CUGAAUCUUUUUGUUUCAGUGGAGACAAAAACACAGGCCACGCCCACAGAAGAAGCUAUCGAAGGAUCAGGUGACAUCCCCAGCCAUGAACAUGACCACGACGAAGAGGAAGAGUCCAUUAUGAAGAAGGUGGAGGAAAUUCUCAGUCACCUCAAUGAAUCCUUGUCCUCAAGCAAACCCCCUACAGAAGAGCCGACUGGUCCAAUCACGGAGCCGCCCAUGCCUUUACUGUCGCCGGAAGAGGAAGAAACACUUCGGAUCCUCAAUCACGGAACCCCUGCGAUCGAAGAACACACUGAGCACGACAUCAUAGAAGAGGAAAAAGAAGAAGCAGAUUCUCUACUUUCUGGUGGCGCUCUGUCCGUUGUGGAAAGAGCGAUCGACGUUUACGAUGAACACAUCAAAGAACACGAGAAAGAAGAAGACGAAGAGAUUCUCAAGGCCCGAGAAGAGAUCUACAACAGUGAAGAACAAGAAAAAGUAACGGAAGAAGAGGGUCACGAUCAUACCAAGGAGGCUGGAACUCCUGGAAGUAACAUCAUCACAGAGACUGGUUUGGAACUACCUGACGAAAUCUUAAAGGUGUUUGAAGAACACCAGCACGACGAAAGUGAAGAGGAAGUUGCAGAAAACGGAGUGUUUGAAGAAAGAAACAGGAUUUCUGAUGAAGACGUGAUGAGGAUGCUGCAGGAACUCGCCGCCGUUGAUGCCGCGUCUGAUAACAUCCUGGCCCUUCUCGGUGCUCUUGAGGAGCUCGCAGAGAAAGAGGUUGACCUUGACGCUGAGCAGCUUGACCUUGCUGCCACCAUCUUGGAAAGGAUCGUAAAGCUUGGUGGGAUCGACGCGGUGAUUGCUGGGAGACUGGUGAAGGUCAUUAGUUACCUGACGGGGCUGACCUUGGAGAAUAUGGUGGAAGCGGAGACAGAGUACCAAGCUUGUACAAGGAUUGUUAAGAGCGUUGACGUCAUGAACAUGCAAGUCGAGUCCAGCGCUCCUGACGAGAUGUUCGAGUCAAAUUACCUCGCCACCGGACUGGUCAACCUGGGUAACUCUUUUGAGGGAAUGUCAUUCGCAGACUACGGGGACGGACAGGUCCAGUUGUAUCAGGAGGACGGUAGUUCCCCGGACAGACACAGCUCCUACAUCCGGCUGCCGCCCAGCCUGCUGACCGGGAGGGAACUCCACAACAUCAGCCGGGUGCACUUCGCUGUCUACAGGGAGAGCAAUAUAUUCAAGGCUAUGCAGAAGGCGUCACCACACAUACAUCACUCACCAAUCAUAGAGGCGUACAUCACUGACUCCAAGGACAUCGACCAGGUCCUACGUGGUGACGUCAUUUCCGCUUCCGUCGGCAACCUUCAUCUCAGCGAGCUUCCGGAUCCGGCUAAGAUCGUGUUCUAUCACGAGGAGGAUAAUCUCAUUGGUGACAGGGAAUGCGUCUACUGGGAUUUCAAGCUCAAUGACGACAAAGGCGGCUGGUCAUCGGAGGGGUGUAACGUGUACUACGCCGCGGACACGCACACGGUUUGCCACUGUAACCAUCUCACCAACUUUGCUCUGCUCAUGGACGUGUACGGAUCAACAGCUAAACUGAGCGAGGGGAACCAGAAGGCGUUGUCCAUCAUCUCUCUGAUCGGCUGUGCCGUGUCGUCAGCAGGACUGCUGUUCGCGCUUAUAACGUUCCUACUCUUCAGAACCCUCCGCCGGGACAACCCUACUAAGAUCCUCAUCAACCUGUGUGUGGCUCUGCUACUGGUGAACUUGACCUUUGUGACCCUGUCUCACCCAGAACAAUUCCAUGCCGGCUUCAUGUGCAAAACUCACGCCAUGGUGAUGCACUACGCCCUGCUGGCCGCCAUCGCCUGGAUGGGGAUCGAGGCAGUGAACAUGUACCUCGCCUUCGUCAAGGUGUUCGACACCUACUACACAAACUUCGUUAUGAAGAUCUGUCUGGCAGGAUGGGGCACCCCUCUAGUGAUUGUUGCAGUGACCGCCGCUAUUGACAUUGACGUGUAUGGCUUCAAGGAUGGAAUCUGUUACCUGUCUGGUAUCGCGUUCUAUGCUGCGUUCGUGGCUCCGGUGUGCGUCGUUCUGAUCUUCAACACCACCAUGUAUGGACUGGUGCUCCGUCAUGUUGUCCGCAUGAGAGGAAAGGACGUGUACGGAUCAACAGCUAAACUGAGCGAGGGGAACCAGAAGGCGUUGUCCAUCAUCUCUCUGAUCGGCUGUGCCGUGUCGUCAGCAGGACUGCUGUUCGCGCUUAUAACGUUCCUACUCUUCAGUAACCUUAAUGCUGGCCUUUUCUCCCAAGGAUUCUUCAUCUUCGUGUUCCACUGCGUGCUGCGCAAGUCCGCCCGGAAGCGCUGGAUGGCGCUACUGCCCUGCUGGCCGGACGAGCAGCGGGACUUCUCCCGUUACCAUACCGGGAGCCGCGGCAGUAGUCAUCAGGGAAGCUACCAGCGCGCCGUGGCUAACCGCUCAGAACGCCCCGGCAGCGCUACGACCGUUCGCCGCCUGUCUGCCCUGACACUGAGCGGCGGCAGACCCUCCAUCUGCAGUACCGGUAGCAGGCCUUCCAUUUGCAGCGCCAACGGAGGGGAGGACAUCAAGCGCGUACCCAGGAAGUUCGUCAGCGUCAACGAAAAGGAGAAAGAGUUCAAGGAGGAAGACCAGACUGAGGGACAAGAUCAGGCGGACGGACGACAGACUCGUGGACAAGACAAGACUGACGGACAACAAUAAGAUCAACAAAUCUUGUUCUUUAGCAUAAGCUAACCCCAAUGAAAAGCGGCCUGCGGGCUAAUUUGAUUUCAAACAAAAUAAAAGAAAUCCCUAUUUAGCCUCUGGGAGGGGGGGGGGGUCGAUGACGGUUGCCAAUUUGGAAAAAGAAUAGCCGAAUUUUGCAGAA